GCCCGUCGAUCCUCCUGCAGUGGGGUAAAGUUAACAAGACGAGCUGGACUAAUGAUACGUGGUUAAUUUUGAAGGGUUUUGCAAAAAAUAAAAAAAAAAUUUAUUUUUAUUUCAAGUUUUUUAAAGUAAUUUUUAUUGAUUUGUUUUUUAACAUAUUAAUUUGUUUUAUUUGUUAUGUAUAAAAGUUGCACAUUCGAUAUUUUACGUUAUAAUAUUUGAAAAAACUGAAAAGAACGUAAACUUUUUGUACAAUAGCCAUACCUAAUGGGAAUCAUCGUUAUCAACACACAACGUAGACAAUUCCACUCAAUAGCUCGUAUUCAAAAACAUCUUUAGGAUAUUUUUUAAGGAGAAACAAUGACAUGGAAGAAAGAAUCGUAGAAAUACAUACAUUUUAGAUUGUUAAGUAUUUGAACGUGCUCAAACUGUCUUAUUCAAAGAAUGAUUCCAAAAUAGAGCGUCGUCCCAGACGCCAUUUUCCGGAUGGACGAGAGAGGGUUAACGUGCUUAAGCCCUCUCCCACAGUCCGGAGGGGGCAGCCCGACAAGGGUAUAAAAAGAGGUUUACCCGACCAUGUCCAUUGCUGACACCGAUUCUUCAUUCUCCAGUGAAGAAAGAAGCCUAUUCCGUCCAUUCACACGUGAAUCACUGAGGGCCAUUGAGCAACGUAUAGCUGAAGAAAAUGCUAAACAGAAAGAACUUGAGGAAAAAAGAGCUGAAGGGGAGCCUGUGCCAUGGAAAAGAAAUAAAAAUAAAGAUAUUCGGUAUGAAGACGAGGACGAAGAUGAAGGUCCCCAACCGGACGCCACUCUGGAACAGGGAGCGCCAUUACCAGUGCGACUGGUUGGUACAUUCCCAUCCGAAUUAGCGUCCGUUCCGCUAGAGGAUAUUGACCCUUACUAUCAAAAUCAAAAAACAUUUGUAGUAAUUAGCAAAGGAAAAGAUAUCUUCAGAUUCAGCGCUACUGAUGGCCUUUGGGUACUAGACCCUUUUAACCCCAUCCGAAGAGUCGCCAUUUACAUAUUGGUACAUCCAAUAUUUUCUGUUACAAUCAUCACAACUAUACUUACAAACUGUGUUUUCAUGAUAAUGCCCCCCACUCCAACUAUUGAAGCAUCCGAAAUAAUAUUUACCGGCAUCUACACAUUUGAAUCGGCUGUGAAAGUAAUGGCCCGAGGUUUCAUAUUAGAACACUUCACCUAUCUUAGAGAUGCAUGGAAUUGGCUAGACUUCAUUGUUAUUGCAUUAGCUUACGUUACAAUGGGUAUAGAGCUUGGAAAUCUAGCUGUUCUUCGUACAUUUCGAGUACUCCGAGCGCUCAAAACUGUUGCCAUUGUGCCUGGACUGAAAACUAUUGUUGGAGCUGUGAUAGAAUCCGUAAAAAACCUCAGGGAUGUCAUAAUAUUAACAAUAUUCUCACUGUCUGUGUUCGCGUUAUUGGGUUUACAAAUAUACAUGGGUGUUCUUAAACAAAAAUGUAUUAGGGAAUUUCCGACUGAUGGUUCAGCUGGUAAUUUGACUGAUGAAACUUGGAUUGACUUCGUAUCGAAUAAAUCAAACUGGCAAAUUGGUGAGGAUGGCGAAUAUCCUUUAUGUGGUAAUAGCACAGGAGCUGGUCAGUGCGAACCUGGAUACUUAUGCAUACCCGGGUUUGGUCCUAAUCCAAACUAUGGGUACACUAGUUUCGAUACAUUUCCUUGGGCUUUACUAUCGGCUUUCAGAUUAAUGACACAAGACAAUUGGGAAGCUUUAUACCAACAGGUACUAAGAGCAGCUGGUCCUUGGCAUAUGUUCUUUUUCAUAGUUAUUAUUUUUCUUGGUUCAUUUUACCUUGUCAAUUUAAUAUUAGCUAUUGUAGCGAUGUCAUAUGACGAGUUACAAAAAAAAGCAGAGGAAGAAGAGGCAGCUGAAGAAGAAGCUAUAAGAGAAGCGGAGCAAGCUGCUAAAGACAGAGAAAUAAGAAGACAAGCUCACGAAGAAAGAGCAACAGAAAGAGCAGAAAGAGCUCGAAAUAUAAACCAACAUCCAAAAUCACCUUCAGACUUUUCAUAUCAAAGUUACGAUAUGUAUGCUGGUCAAGAUAAAAUGCAUGGAGAUGAGAACAACCGUGAAAAGAUGAGUUUAAGAUCAGCAUCUAUUACAAGUCAAGACAAACAAUCAGAAACUGCAAGUGUGGAAAAGCAAAACGGGAAAACAAGAAAUACUAGUUUAAGUUUACCUGGUUCACCAUUUAAUCUAAGAAGAGCAUCACGGGGAAGUCAUCAGUUAAGUCACCGAAAUACAAGACCAAGAUUUUCAGGAGUAGACACCAAACCUUUGGUAUUAAAUACUUUACUUGACGCUGAGGAACAUUUACCUUACGCAGAUGAUUCCAAUGCAGUUACACCUAUGAGUGAAGAAAAUGGUGCUAUUUUAAUCCCUUUAUCUUAUGCAAAUUUUGGAUCAAGACACAAUAGUUAUACAUCUCACACUUCUCGAAUCACCUAUACAUCACAUGCAGAUUUGAUAAAACAACCAGUUCCAACAAAAGAGAGCCAACUUAGGUCAAGAUCAGCUAAAAAUUACCAAAAUUCUGGGGAACAAAAAUUCUACAAGGAGGAUGAAUUAGAUACAGGAUCAAUAAACAAAUCCAAACAACAGUUAGAUGAAUGUAGCUACAACGAGCAACAAAAACAUGCUGUCGUGGAUAUGAGAGAUGUAAUGGUACUAAACGACAUUAUUGAACAGGCAGCUGGCCGUCAAAGCAGAGCGAGUGAAAGAGCAGUAUCCACAGUAUACGUGUUUCCAACAGAUGAGGAUGCUGUGUGUGAUGAAGAUGACGAAGAGGAAGACGACGAGCCAACAUUUCGGGAAAAAUUUCAAAUGUGGCUUUUAAAGUUCAUUGAUACAUUUUGUAUUUGGGACUGUUGCUGGCCAUGGCUGAAAUUUCAAAAAGGUCUUGCAUUCUUAGUUUUUGACCCGUUUGUUGAACUAUACAUCACAUUGUGCAUUGUUGUUAAUACGUUGUUCAUGGCUCUUGAUCACUAUAAAAUGGACCCAUAUAUGGACUAUAUACAGAACAAGGCUAAUCUUUUUUUUAGUGCAACAUUUGGCGUGGAAGCAGUUCUUAAACUGAUGGCUAUGAGUCCAAAGUAUUACUUCCAAAUGGGCUGGAAUAUUUUUGAUUUUAUUAUUGUUGUGUUAUCUAUUGUAGAAUAUCUUUCAGCUGGAUAUCAAGGUUUAUCAGUAUUGCGAUCAUUUCGUUUGCUUCGAGUUUUCAAAUUGGCAAAAUCGUGGCCUACUUUAAAUUUAUUGAUAUCAAUCAUGGGUCGAACUAUUGGUGCAUUAGGUAAUCUAACAUUUGUAUUGUGUAUUAUUAUAUUCAUAUUUGCCGUUAUGGGCAUGCAACUGUUUGGCAAAAACUAUACAGAAAAAGUUUACCUAUUUAAAGAUCAAGAACUUCCUAGAUGGAAUUUUACUGACUUUCUGCACUCAUUUAUGAUAGUAUUUAGGGUUUUAUGUGGUGAAUGGAUUGAAUCAAUGUGGGAUUGUUUAGUUGUUUGUGAACCUACUUGUAUUCCAUUUUUCUUAGCUACUGUUGUUAUCGGCAAUCUUGUAGUACUAAAUCUUUUUUUGGCAUUACUGUUGAGUAAUUUUGGUUCAUCAAACUUGUCUGUGCCAGCUGCCGAUAGUGAUACUAAUAAAAUUGCUGAAGCAUUUGAAAGAAUUGGUAGAUUCAAUAAAUGGGUGAAAAAUCAUAUAAUGAAUUUUUUAAAGGCGUUAAGAGCUAAACUUACCAAUCAAAUAUCAGUUCAGGCGCCAGGUGAGGCCUGCCUAAACUACAGUUGGGACCAAGGUCAAAACCGUGAAAUUGAUUUAAACACCGAUGAAGUAAUUAUUGAUAGUUUAAUGCCAUACAAAGAUAAAAAAGAUCAGGUUGAAGUGACCAUUGGGGAUGGUAUGGAAUUUACAAUACCAGGAGAUGUCAAACAAAAGAAUAAAAAAUCUAAAAUUGAAAAUUCGAUAGGAAAUCACCAAGUUAAUGUAAAAGGAUAUAAAGAAACAUCCAACGUGGAUUUUGAUAAGUCUGUGAAUAAGACAUUGAAGAGCUUAAGCUAUACUCGCUGAAGUAUGUUAUCCACAUUCAUCAUAUAUAAUAUUUAUAUAUAACUAUUUAUACAUAACUAAACGUCAUUUUGGUAACUUAAAUGAUAACAUUGUUUAAAAAAUUAUUUAGUAUGUAAGUUGAUCUCGCUUUUUAAAUAAUAAACCGCAGUGUUUACAUGUUAUUCAGUAAAUAAAUAUAAGUGAUUACCAUUAAUCAUCUAAAUUAAAUGUAACAAAUUAUAAUAGUUACAAAGAAUCUAGUUACUGUAUAAAGAAUCUUAGGCUAAAAACGUAAUGAAUAAGAAAUCAAGGCUUCUAAUGACCGAGUCUUCAUUUAACAAAAUUUUAAAUAAUAGUAAAAUAUAACAAAAGAAAUACGUCGUUUAAAAAAUAAAAAUUAUCUGUGAUAUUUCUAUAUACGUCGUAUCUGUGAUUAACGUUUUGUUUGUUUUCGCCUCUUUUUUGUUCAUAUUUAUACUGUUAUAUAUUUUCGUUCAUUGGAGAACACUUUUUCAAUAUAUAGUAAAUUUAUGUAUAUAACAAACGAAUUUAUAUAUAAAAUUAAAUAUAUGUAAUAAAUGCUGAUUAUAUAAUAAUAUUAUAAAACAAUUGCAGACAUUUUGUUUUUGCUAGAUAUCAUUUUGCUUUUGUCUGAUCCUAAAAAUUGAAAUAUUUUCAUCAAAGAAAGGAUCAAAAUAACACCAAAUUAAAAAUAAAUGAUAAAAAAGUUUUAAAAUUUAAUUUAUUUGAAAUUAAAUUGAAAAAUUCUAUGCUAGUAAUUACUUAGUAGAGAAAUUUUGUUAUAAUAUCUGUUAAGUUUUUAGUUGUAAAUCCAUUAUUUAGUGUUUAUAGAGUUACCAAAAUGACGUCGCUUUAGCUUUAAAGGCUUUUAUUUUGGUAUCUUUUUUUUUAAACAAAUAUGAGGAAAGAAAGCGUAUAAACCUAAUGUGAUUAUUUUCUAAUUAAAAAUAGUAAUAAUAAUAAACGCUUAACCCAAUUACUGAACGCACAAAUUUUGUAAUGGAGCAUUUUUAUUAAUUAACAGUAAAAUAUUUAACGCGUCUUAUAAUCUGCACGGUUAUUCUUAGACUUCAGAAUUUGUACUAAUGAUUGAAAACUACUGAAAAAUCGUUUUGUUACAUUUUUGAAAAUUGUUGAAAGUUUUAAGAUUUAGGUAAUGUUGUAAAAUAUUGUUAAUUGAUGGAUGAUAUUAAGUAUUGUAUAAAUAACCAAUUAUUUAUAAUUUUUGCUUAAGGGUUAUUAUGAAAUUAUUAUGUUUACGCCUACGUUUUAUGUUAUUAUAAUUGUUUUGGGGUAAUUUUUACUAAAUAAUAACUAUAUUAAUUUUAUUACAUUAUUAUCUGCUGUAUCUGAGACAAGGACAAUGCUGAAUAAUGUAAAUGAAAAUAUUUAUGCGACGUUUUUCGCACCGGCAUGUCCUUCCCUCUUUGACGGUACGAAAAUUGUCGGAUAAUAUUGCCUACAAAUAUUUUUUAAUAUUGUACAUUUCAUAUUUUGCAAUAAUAUAUUUGUCUCUUUAUUAAAAAAAUUAUUAAAACGUUAA